GUCGAUUCUUCCGCACUUCCCACGCACUCCGCCGAUAUAUUUGUCGUCCAAUCUGUGGCUCCCUAAGUGGCCUCACCGUCAAUUCGGCGGCACCUUUCCUGAUCGACGCGCCAAAGCAUGUGUGGGACACAUCAUCUCUCCCUUAAUUUAAUGGGUCGAUUCGCGCCAAAGCAAGUUCGCCAUGAUUUGCCCCGGCGGUGCGUUGGAUCACAGCAGCGCGUGAAGUCAGAGGAUCCUUGUCCGUGUUCAUUCCGCGUGAAGUCAGGGGAUCCUCAUCCGCGGUGGCGCCUUGACUUGGUGACCGCACAGGGGUCGUCGCGCUCAUCUGCGCUGCUGGCGGCUUCUUAUGGAGAAGGGCACGCCUCCCUAAUCGGCCGGUCUUCCAUCUGCAGGUCCGCUCUUGUGCUGCGUGCCUGCCGCCUGCAGUUCGGCUUGCGGCCACCGCUCUGGUCGUCGUCGAUCGUCUCCCUUUCUGGCCUUGGCUCGGCGGGUGCUGUCUUCCGUGGCGCUGCCGUGCAGCUAUAUAUCCCUACCUCUGCCUGGUUUGUCUUACCGUUGCAACUUGCAACUCAGCAGGCCUCGGCCAGGGUUGUUAAUUCGAGAAUGGAGGUCCUGACGGGGGCGAUGACCACCCUCCUUCCCAAGCUGGGGGACCUGCUCACGGAGGAGUACAAGUUGCAGAAGAGCGUCAGGGGCGAGAUCAUGUUCCUCGAGGCCGAGCUGAAGAGCAUGGAGGCUGCCCUCCUAAAGGUCUCCGAGGUGCCCAUCGACGAGCCACCCGACAUCCAAGUCAAGCUCUGGGCUAAGGAGGUCAGGGAGCUGUCCUACGACAUCGAGGACAGAGUUGAUACUUUCAUGGUGCGCAUCGACGGCCAUGCACCAAGGAAGCUGCAUGGCCUGAAGGGCUUCAUUGAUAGAAGCGUCAACCUCUUGACGAAGGCCAAUAUCUACCACAACAUCGACACCGAUAUCAAAGACCUCAAGUGCCGCAUCAAAGAAGUCAAUGAGCGCCGAGAUAGGUACAAGGUUGAUAAUGUUGCUGCAAAGCCUACUGGUCCAAGUGUUGAUAGCCUACGCCUAUCAGCUCUAUAUAGAAAGGCAGCAGAGCUCAUUGGCACUGAAGAGAAGAGCAAUUACCUAGUGAAGAGGCUGAUGGACGGGUACAACGCGUCGAAACAACAAGGACUGAAGACAGUCUCUAUUGUUGGUUUUGGAGGAUUAGGCAAGACCACUCUUGCUAAAUUAGUAUAUGAUAAGCUUAAAGUGCACUUCGACUGUUGGGCUUUUGUUUCUGUGUCUCUUAAUCCCAACAUGAUUAAUCUUUUCAAGAAUAUGCUCCACCAACUGGGCAACUACAAGAAUGUAGCAACGUGGGACGAAGCACAACUUAUCGAUGAACUAAGAGAAUUCCUUCGAAAUAAGAGGUAUUUCAUAGUUAUCGAUGAUAUAUGGAGUAAAUCUGCAUGGAACACAAUCCAAUAUGCUUUGAUCGAGAAUGAAUGUGGAAGUAGAAUAAUCACAACAACUCGCAUUCUUGAUGUUGCAAAAAGUGCCGGUGGUGUCUACGAAUUGCAGCGUCUUACUCCUGCCGACUCAAGAAAAUUAUUCAAUAUAAGAAUAUUUGGCACAGAAGAAAAAUGUCUCCCUAAUAACUUAGCUGAAGUAUAUAAGAAUAUUUUAAAGAAAUGUGGUGGUGUACCUUUAGCUAUCAUCACAAUAGCUAGUAUGUUGGCCAGUAAAAAGGGAAAUGAAAAUACACUUAAGUACUGGUCCAAGGUGUACCAAACUAUGGGUUCUGGGCUAGAAGACAGUCCUGAUAUCAGCGACAUGAGAAGGAUACUAUUUAUCAGUUACUAUGAUCUGCCUCCACAUCUAAAGACUUGUUUGUUGUAUCUAAGUUUGUUUUCAGAGGAUUCCGAAAUCAGUACAGAAUAUUUGAUAUGGCAAUGGGUGGGUGAAGGUUUUGUCCUCAAAGAACAGGGGAAGGCCAUGUAUGAAGUAGGUGAGGAUUAUGUUGAUCAGCUAAUUAACAGGAGCAUGAUUGAAGCAGCAGAUAUUGACCAUGAUAGUAAUAAGGUAACAUAUUGUCGAAUACAUGAUAUGGUGCUUGAUCUAGUUACUUGCUUGUCAAAUGAGGAUGGUUUUCAGACAGCAUUAGAUGGCCAGCGGCCUAUGUAUCUAUCAAAUAGGAUACGUCGACUAUCCCUCCAAACCACCAAUGAAGAGGAUGUCAAGCAGCUAGCAACCAUGAGCUUGUCCCAUAUGAGGUCACUUACUGUGUUCAAGGGAGCUUUCAAUUUGCUGCCUGCCCUUUCAACCUUUCCAGUGCUACGAGUAUUGGAUUUAAGUGGUUGUAGGCAAGUGGAUAAUCAUCAUUUUAAGGAUAUUUGCAAUCUGUUUCACCUAAGGUUCUUGGGACUAUGGUUUACAAGUAUCACUGAGAUCCCGGAAGAGAUUGGGAAUCUAAAGUUUUUGGAGGUACUGGACAUAAGUUGUACCGAAGUAGAAGAGCUCCCCUCAACCUUUGUGCAAUUACAAAAAUUGGUGUGCCUGCGUUUUGAUUAUCUUAAGAGAGUACCGAAUGGGUUAUUUGGAGAUUUGAAAUCACUGGAACAAUUGGAGGGUAGGAUCGAUGUGGAGUCUCCAACCAUGCUGUGUGACUUGGGGAGCCUGACCAAGCUGAGGCGUGUGGCUCUCAGCUUCAAUGAAUGGAAUGAGAUCUACAAGAAGCCUUUUUUGCAAUGUCUAUCCAAUCUGGUCUCUCUCGAGUACCUAAAAAUACAUGGCUACAAUGGCGACUUUGGUUCCAAAUGUGAUAUAUUAUCGCCUAGACUUCAACAGCUUCGGGACAUACGGAUAAUGGGGUGCACCAUCCCUGCCGUGCCAAGAUGGAUGUCCUCACUCUCCGCACUGUCCAUCCUAUGUAUGACACUAUUAAGACUUGGAGAAGAGGACCUCCAUGUCCUUGGAAGUAUACCAUCUCUUUCUCAUCUUGAAAUAAUGGUGAAAGAACCGACACAAGACAGAGACAAAAGGUUAGUCAUCAGCAAUGUUUAUCCAUUUUUGUGUCUAACAAAGUUCAAAAUCUACAACACCACAGAAGUGGUGUUUCUGCAAAGAGCCAUGCAAAAGCUCCAAACCCUUGUGUUAAGCUUUGGGGUGCCGAAGACAAAGGAUCAAUUUGACAACUUCGACUUUGGCUUGGAGAACCUCUCUUCACUCAUGCACAUCACUGUUGACAUGAAUUGUGAAGAUAACAUCAAGGCUGCAAUAAAGAAAGCAGUCGACAUGAAUCCCAACAAGCCCACACUCAAGUUCCAGACGUUGUAAUGAUGCAUGGAGUAGCUAACCGGCCAAUAUAUCUAUCUCAUGCAACAAUAUUGGACGACGGUGUUUCUCAAUCGAUCUCUGUGCAUGGUUAACUGCGCAAGAAAACUGAUCUUGGACACGAUCAGGCUGGGCUUUUGGAGUUUCGGACGGAUUUUAUCCCUUUUUGAAACAAUCUCCAGGAUAUACCUGGCUCAUUUGGGAAUGCAGAUGGAACUAGCUCAGUUUCAUAUUUAUUCGAUGGGACUUUCCGACAAAUGCAGAAGCAAAAGGUCCUACCUCUUUUCCUUCGGACAAUCAGCACGCACUCUGAAAUUUGGUGCUAGCCAGCUUUACUAAGUUUCAGUUCACUCCAGAAACGUACUGCUGAUCGAGUAAGCUUCUGGCAUAUAAAUUUAGGUGUGUUUGCAAAGGCAGUUCAGAGUUCAGACUCGAAUUUAUCAUAAUUACUUGGUGGAUGACUGACUGUAUAUGAAUAGACUAGUGGAAAUCACAGCUAGGUGGUUUCAAGUCGUACCUGUUCAGAAUACAGUCAAACUACAAGACUGCUCAUCUUCUUCACUUUUGCAUCAACUGAAUCAAUGUUCACUUGGACCCUAUAUACAAGAUUGCUGAGAAUGGCGAGCAGGUGCGCCAUUCAUUCCACCAUGUGUGGGGUACGUGAUCUGCUUGCAUGCGGACUCCGGACUGAGUUGAACAUGCCGUGCGUACGGAUGAACGGCACGUUGGUAGCUGCGAGAUUAGGAGCUGAAAAGUAUCUUGUGUGCUGAAAUGUUCAAUCACUACCCAAAAAAAAACUAUUUUUCGAAACAU